UUAAGGUUUAGCACUAGCUAGUGGGAACUGGAGUCUAUUUUUUUUGCGGCGGAAUGGGAAAACGAGAGAAGCAGAAGGUGAAGGAAAAGCAUGGAAGAAGUCAACGAGGUAGAGACUACUACCUUCAAGAUGAACAACACGACGGUGAUGAUGAAGAUAAACAACACGACGGUGAUGCUUACAACAGCGGGGUAGAAGAAACUGAAGACGGUGAAGCCAAAAAUCACCAACACCCAUCACAUGAUUUGCCUUCGAAGUUCCUUCUUUAUCAGCAAUCUGUGCAGUCUCCCAAAGGAGACAUAAGUUAUUUGCAAAAGUUCUUUCUCAUGUACGUCGGUGGAAGGAUGCCCCUCCAUCUCCAAGAAGAUUUCUGUGGCACUGCGUUUCUUAGUAUGGAAUGGCUGCGCAGUGAUCCAAGAAAGACAGCAAUAGGAUUAGAUUUGGAUCUUGAGGCACUUAAUUGGUGCAUGGAAAACAACAUACCUAAAGUUGGGGCUGAUGGGUUUUCUAGAAUAUCUCUCUUUCAUGGGAAUGUCCUACAACCUCUUCAAUCUAAACUCGUGAAAACGGAUCCCCAGGAGAUGGUGAGGAACAUUUCGCUCUCACAGAAUAGUGAGACUCUGGAGACUGGUGUGCUGGAGUCUGACACUCAAACAAGCUCUGUUGCUCAAGAUGUGGAGUUAACAAAGAGAAACUUUCCACUUCCUGGAAGAGAUAUUGUGUGUGCUUUUAACUACAGCUGCUGCUGUCUACAUAAACGAGCAGAUCUGAUUUUGUAUUUCAAGCAUGCCCGUGAUGCCUUGUCAACUAAAGGUGGAAUUUUUGUGAUGGAUUUGUAUGGGGGUUCAUCUUCAGAACACAAGUUAAGGCUUCAGAGAAGGUUUCCUAAUUUUACGUAUGUGUGGGAGCAAGCUGAAUUUGAUAUUAUUCAAAGGAAAACAAGGAUUAGUCUCCAUUUUCAUCUCAAAAAGGAGCAGAGAAAAAUUCGUCAUGCAUUUUCAUACAGCUGGCGACUGUGGACAUUGCCUGAGAUCAGGGAUUGCUUAGAAGAGGCAGGAUUUCGGUCUGUUCACUUUUGGAUUCGAGAGAUGCCAGACACUUCAGAAAUUACAAGAACGGAGGGAUUUGGUACGGGAAAAGAUGUUAAAUAUGAAGAGACAACAAGUUUUCAGCAACAGGAUUCAUGGAACGCUUACAUAGUUGGUGUUGCAUAGCUUCAUCUUAGAAAGUUCAAUUUAGUUUCUGACUUUCUGUUGCAUUAUCUUGUCAUAAUGGAAGACAAGAAUAACUUGUAACCAGUUUCCUUGCAAGGAGUUUUUUUCUUUUUUUAACUAUCUAGUUUCAAAUUUAAUUUAGUUUGAGAUUUUGAAUCUUAACAAAGAAACUUUACAUUAAUCUCAAGUUUGAUAUGAAAA